AAUCUACAAACGAUCUCCUACAAAACGAGCUGCAUUUCAGUUGAAAAAUUUAUUUUUUCCUUUUUUCGUGAACCGAGCAUCAUUGUCAAAAUUCAAAUCAUGAUUAUUGAUUAUCCACGGGACUACAAACAAAGUCAGUGCAUGUACAAUGAUGUACUAACGAUGUACAAUCAUUGGUAUUAGUUAAUUUUUCCGUUUGCAAUAUCCUACCGGCUAAGUUCAUCGGGGUGAAAUUAGUCCUCUCUCCCCAUUUAUGAAACUGCGUGGAGAAAGCAAGUUUCUCGCAUAAAAAGAUGAAUAAAUAAGUGCUCUCCCGAAAUUAGCAAUUCUAGGAUGAAGUUUCCAUAUAGUUGAGCCUCUCGAAGGAGACGCACGUUACAUUCCAAAAAUGUCGUCAGUCCAGCGAGCCUUUGCUCACAAGCUGAGCAAACAGCAUGCAGCAGACGUGAGACGUCAGAUCGCUAGCUCCACAUCUUAUUCCCGAGAUUUAUCAAAGAGUGGGAGCAGUGUUUCGGGUUUUUCCUCGACAAUGUCCCUAUGCGAGGUGCUAGAGCCAUUAGACUACGAGGAUUUUCUUAAUCAGCAUCAGACAAUCCUAGACAGAGACCCACUGCGACCAAUUCUUGAUUUUCCCCCUGGAGAUGUUGAGCUUAGAGUAAUUAAAAGAAAAAUCCGAACGGAAGAGCCAGUGAUUCCUUUGGAAUCCCUUAACACGGUAUCUCCUUACGUUCAUCGAUGCAUCGACACGUUUACGUCAGACUGGCUAGUAGUCCACCGUAAAUAUAAAGGGCGAAUCUCGCCGAUCGCUCGAGAACGUCUGCUCCAGGACACGCCCCGCCAAGACUUUGAAGUCGACCAAGAGGACGCUGGUUCAGGCUCUCCAGAGGAGGAGGAGCUCUCUUGCACAGAGACACCUCGAGGCUCAUGGGCGAGCCUGGACCUACGUCACUCCCAGCACGACUCUCUGCUCCCUGGCAUUCUGGAUCGAGUCUGCCCCGAGACAGUGGAUCAGGUGAAUGAGCAGAAACGCUGCGAGGACCGUCAGGAGGCUGUCUUUCCUCUGUACGCUCUGCCCACGUCCCCAGACGAUGAAUGGCAGGAGAUAACACCAGCUGUUGAGCCUUCGGAGCCCUUCUGUCACCGAGUCCUCGUUAAGUGUCUCCAACUCAAGCUUGAACUCGAGGUUGAGCCCAUCUUUGCUUGUCUGGCUCUCUACGAUGCAAGGGAGAGGAAAAAGGUAUCAGAGAAUUUCUACGUCGACAUGAACUCCGACAGCCUGAAGAGGAUGCUAGGAGGGCAUAUUGCAUAUAGUGAUGGCAGUACUUUGGCCAGAAGUUGCGUUUUGAGCAUCAGCAAACCGAGUCCAGAUUUAUUUCUAGUGGUAAGACUGGAGAAGGUAUUGCAGGGGGACAUCUCCGAGUGUGCUGAGCCGUAUCUGCGGGAUGAUAAGAACAGGGACAAGGUGAAGGCAGCAGCCCUGGCUGCCUGUGAACGCUUGGGUAGGUACAGGAUGCCCCUGGCCUGGACUGCAAUCCAUCUCUCUGGAGUGAUUGGAGGUGGAGGGGAUACGGAUAGUACUGGGAGUGCUGGAUCACUUGACAGAAAAUCCGGAGGACUGGAGCAGUGGAGAAAGAAAGUGGAACCGCCCACUAGAAGAGGCUCCUUAGAGCGGCGAAGCUCCGAUAAACGAAGGAGCUGGUCUCCAGACGACUUUGCCAACUGUCUUGACAGCUUUCGUCCAAUAACCCUAACAGUCUCCAGUUUUUUCAAGCAGGAAAGUGAGAGAUUGAGGGACGAGGAUCUCUAUAAGCUUCUGGUGGAGCUGCGAAGACCUGGCUCCAAUUUGAAACGACUAAAAUGUCUUCCCGGUAUUUUAAAACUGGACUUGAGCCCCAGACCUGACGAUCUUCCAAGAUGUUUAGAUCCUGACUUGAGGCGGCUGUCUCCCUACCCCGACGAGAAGAAUAGACCGAUUAAGGAGAUCCUGGAGUUUCCGACAGACGUUGUCUGUCCCGAUCUGAUGUACAGAAAUCUUCUCUACGUUUACCCGAAGGAGGUAAACUUCAAUUCUAGAACUGGUUCAGCCAGAAAUAUCGCUGUGAGGAUUCAGCUGAUGGGGGGAGAGCAAGAAUCCGACGCAUUGACAGCGAUUUUUGGCAGAUCAUCGUGUCCUGAGAUGACCCACGAAGCUUUUACCUCAGUCUCGUACCACAACAAGAACCCCAGCUUCUACGACGAGGUAAAGAUCAGACUGCCAGCUGACCUGGGUGCCAGACAUCACCUGUUAUUCACGUUCUACCACAUCUCGUGUCAGAAAAAGGUAGAGCAGCCCAAUGUGGAGACACCCGUGGCCUACACCUGGCUGCCUCUCGUCAGAGAUGGACACCUUCAGUCCGGGGAAUUCAGUCUACCAGCAAUGCUGGAUCCACCCCCCUCAAACUACUCGUACAUAGCUCCUGACGUCCAGUUACCGGGCACCAGAUGGGUCGACGCCCACCGAGGUGUCUUCAGCGUCAUCCUGGAGCCCAUCUCUAGUGUUCAUCCUCAGGAUAAAUACAUAGACAGGUUUUUGUCUCUGUGUGGGAGUCUGGAGACAGGUCAAGUCCCACCCAGGAUUGGUGAGGCUGGUAUGGAGUCUGAAUUGAAAUCAGCACUGUUGGAGUUGUCUAGAGCUACCAGUACUGCCCUCGUUCGAUGUUUUCCCCAAAUAUUUGAUCAGCUUAUUUCCUUGCUAGUGCACCCACCGACUCUUCCCUCACAGCCGCUAAACGUUGCUGCCACUGUCUUUGAGGCUAUUGGACUGCUCGUCAGAAAUAUCACGAACAUGCCUGAUGGACAGGUCGAUGCUCAUGGUCGCCACGUCCUUCUGGCCACCUACACCGCUUUCCAGUGCUCAAUCCCCCGAAUGUCUCCUGGUCCCUCGGUAAUCCGAGCGCAGAGUAAUCCAGACCUACCAGUGGAGGACCUGGAGAUGGAGAUUCAUGCUCGUGGUCUUGACCGAACCGCUUCGAUGCGACAAGAAUCUCCUUCCAUAAACAGUCACGUCGCGAGACGUCUCCUGCACGAGGAAUUGGCCCUGCACUGGGUAGUUUCUACGGGUCAAGCACGAGAACUGGCUGUGAUCCACUCUUGGUUCUUCCUCGAGUUAAUCGUACGUUCCAUGGUGAUCCACCUGGCCGAGGUUGGAACCCUUGAAGCCCCUCGAAAGAGCAGAUACUCCCCUCAAUUCUCGGAUGACGUAGCGACCCUGACAGCGGCGUUGACCUCAGAAGUGAUACAUCGCUGUGGAAAAGACCCUAGAGUCUCCUCAAACCUCAUCUCCAGCAUUGGAAACUUCCUCUCGGAUCUUCUCUCCACGAUGGAUCGAGGAUUUAUCCUCUCCCUGAUAAGAGCCACCUGCUGCUCACUGACAGACGCCUCGAUGCACGUGCCAGAUUCAGCAGCCCUCUUCUCCUUGAAACUGGACCUUGUGCGAACCAUCUGCUCUCACGAACAUUAUGUGGCCCUCAACCUUCCCUUCGGCACUGGCUACACAUCAGGAUCAGCUCCAGCUUCCCCCAGUCCCUCCACAGGUAGUUCAGGCAGCCUGAUCUCGACAUUGGUUCCAGGAGAGCGAGCUAGGUUCUCGGAAUUGAGCCAGGAAUUUCGUCAGCAGCACUUCCUGGUUGGAUUGGUGCUCUCAGAUCUGGCGAACACCUUGGAAAUUCCGAAUCCAAUGCUCCAGAAUAAGGCCAUUGGGUCGGUGAGACAUCUGAUGAAUCUCCACGAUGGGGAUCCCAGAUAUUCUGAUCCAGCAGCCAAGGCCAGAGUGGCUGCCUUGUACCUGCCACUGUUGAACAUCCUCAUGGACGCUCUGCCCCAACUGUACCACUGGGACUCGAAAGACAAGAGUGUUUAUACUGAUGAGUCAGGGUCUAUUACGCAGUCAGUAGCCCUUGCCAUCGCAGGAGGGGGCUCUGCUGACGUUGGGAGCCAGUGCCGUGUGUCCCUGAGUUCAGAAGCCACAAGACACUUACUCAUGUGCUUCCUCUGGGUGUUGAAGGGACUCGAGAAAUCAGCACUUGCCCAGUGGUGCUCAGAGUUGAGUGCACGGCGAGUGCUCAGUUUUCUUCAGGUCCUCAACAUCGCAACAGCUGCGUUCGAGUACAAAGGGAAGAAGGCGUUGAAGAGGCUCCCCCAGCAGGCAACAGUCACCAGUGAUAUUAGAUCACGAUUAGAGGAUGUAAUUUUGGGGCAAGGAAGUGCCAGGAGUGAAAUGAUGCUCAGAAGGAAGGAGAGAAUUACUGGAGAUAAACUGAGGUGGAGAAAGGAUCAAAUGCCUUACAGAGGUAAUGAACAACCUGAGGGACGAGCUGUCGAGCAAGAUGCUCAUAUUGAAGGAGCACUAGCUGCUGAAGCAUCACUUGUCGUCCUUGACAGUCUCGAGUGUGUUGUCCAAGCUGACUGUGGUGGAGGGGCAGUGGUGGGUGCUGUGCUGAAGGUCCUUCUCAGGGCUUUAGCCAGGAAUCAGAGCACCUCUGUCCUCCAGCAUAUGUUCAAUACUCAAAGAGCACUUGUCUUCAAGUAUCACAGCGCCCUCUUCGAUGAGGAGAGCGAGAGAUGCGGGGAUUUAUGUCUCACACUGUUGACUAGGUGUAGCUCUCCGUUGAGUGCCAUCAGGAGUCAUGCAGCUGCCAGUCUCUACCUGCUCAUGAGACAGAAUUUCGAGAUCGGAAAUAAUUUUGCUAGGGUAAAGAUGCAGGUAACAACGUCCUUGUCGGCCCUUGUUGGAAGAGGAAGAGCCCCCAGCGAGGGAGCACUUCGCCGAGCUCUGAAGACUGUUCUUGUUUAUGCAGAGAGGGACAGUGAACUCGCUGAUACCAGCUUUCCAGAACAAGUCAAGGAUCUUCUGUUCAACCUUCAUAUGAUUCUCUCAGAUACUGUAAAGAUGAAGGAGUUCCAGGAGGAUCCUGAAAUGCUUCUUGAUCUUAUGUACAGAAUUGCAAAGGGCUACCAAGGUUCUCCAGACUUGCGUCUCACUUGGCUCGCCAACAUGGCCCAGCAGCACAUGGAGAGGAAAAAUCACACCGAGGCAGCAAUGUGCCUAGUCCACUCAGCAGCUCUUGUUGCUGAGUACCUUCACUUGUUGGAGCCCGGUGGUGGUGGCAGGCCAGUGGGGGCAGUUGCACUAGCAUCAGUGACGCCAAAUUCUCUCGAGGAGAGUGCUGUUGGAGACGAUGUCCUUGCUAGAAGAGAGGAGGGCCUCUGCUUAGGCCCUGACUUCUCUGAAAGUGGACUCGCUGGACUCCUCGAGCACGCAGCAUCCUCCUUCCACGCUGCGGGCAUGUACGAAGCAAUACCAGAUGUCUACAGGGUACUUCUUCCCAUCGCCGAGUCAGCGCAUGAUUAUAAAAAACUGGCGAAUAUUCAUGGCAAGCUGCAUGAGGCGUACACGAGAGUGGAACAACUUUCGGGGAAACGAGUAUUCGGGACGUACUUCAGGGUGGGAUUCUAUGGGGCACGAUUUGGGGAUCUUGCUGGGGAGGAGUUUGUCUAUAAGGAGCCAACCCUCACGAAAUUACCGGAAAUCUUCUCCCGGCUGGAGAAUUUUUAUGCUGAACGAUUUGGAGUGGAGAAUAUCGUCAUUAUCAAGGAUUCCAAUCCAGUGGAUAUAAGCAAACUCGAGGGAGACAAGGCGUAUGUCCAGAUCACUUAUGUCGAACCGUACUUUGAACUUCAUGAAUUGAGGCAUCGCCCCACAGUGUUCCAUAGGAAUUUCAACAUCAAGAGAUUCGUUUACGCCACCCCUUUCACGCCUGGUGGAAAGGCACAUGGUGAAUUGAGGGAGCAAUGUAAGAGGAAGACUAUAUUGACUGUCGCGACGCAUUUUCCCUAUCUGAAGACGAGAAUCAGGGUCGUGGCAAGAAAGCAAAUUGUCCUCAGUCCUAUUGAGGUGGCUAUCGAGGACAUUCAGAAGAAGACGACGGAAGUCGCGGCGGCUACUGUACAGGAGCCACCUGAUCCUAAAAUACUGCAGAUGGUGCUGCAGGGAUGUAUUGGGACGACUGUUAAUCAGGGACCUGCCGAGGUGGCUGUUGUCUUUCUGUCUGGGCUGAGAGAGCAGAAUGUACAGCCCACGAAACUCCAGCACAAGUUGAGGCUUUGUUUCAAGGACUUUCAGAAGAGGUGUUUGGAUGCACUGAGGAGAAAUAAGAAUCUUAUUGGACCUGAUCAGAGGGAUUAUCAGAGGGAACUUGAGAGAAAUUACCAGAGGCUCACUGAGAGACUCGCACCGCUUAUUGCUUGGAGUGGACCUCCUCCAAUGAUGACAGCAGCAUCUCAACCUACAGCAUCUCCCCGCUGGUAAAACAUUCUCACGUACUGCCAUAUAUGGAGAAUUACCAAAGAAUUAUAUUCUAUAUAUGAGAUUAUCAAAUAACUUCACAUUAAAGUGUUUAACAAAUAUUAAUGGAGGUAUUCAAGGAUAUUAAUGGAGGAUUGCGAGAUUUCUACUGAAGGACAUAAUUAAAUUCAGUUCAGAAUCAGAUAAAAGAUAGAAAAAAAUAUGAGAAUAGCACGAAAUCGUUUAUUGGAUUUAAUAGUACUGUAAUAUUUUUUCCGUAAAAUUUUUCCUAAGUAAAUUGACAAUUCAAGUUCCCACUCAACUCGGACGUGGGGAUAUCAACGCCUUUGCUAUUAUUACGCACAAAUUAUAUGGCGGACUAUAAAUUUUUUCUAUCGAUGUAAUUUAUUUAUUAUUGAUGAACUAUACUAAGCUUCUAGGAUUAAGCAAUUUUUUAUACAACUUGAAGCUAUUGUCAAUAAAUCGGUGAGAAUUUUUUACACCAUCA